AUGAUAUUAUUGAGCACUGUUGGCAUCUUCCACUUGUGGGGUAAUGUCACCACCGCACAUCGCCGACAACGGGGGCCCUACUUCAAGACCAGCAAGACCAGCAAGACCAGCAAGACCAGCAAGACCAGCAAGACACGCAAGACACGCAAGACACGCAAAAACAGUCCUGGCUGCUGCCAUAACUGA